CCGCGUCACGGCGCUGUCCGCCUGGCCGUGGCUGUCGCAGCGCUUUUCGCUGUAGUCGCUUGAAAUUCACCCCAAUAUGGCGGCGGCCGGGAGCGGGGGGGAGGCGGCGGCGGCGGCGGCGGCGGCCGAGGCGGAGAAGGAGAAGGAGAAGGAGAAGGAGAAGGAGGCGGCGGCGGCGGGGUCUGGCAAGGUUGGGGGCGAUGCGGGCGGCGAGAGCGAGGAGGAGGAGGACGUGUUCGAAGUGGAGAAGAUCCUGGAUGUGAAAACGGAGGGGGGUAAAAUUCUGUACAAAGUGCGGUGGAAGGGAUAUACCUCAGACGAUGAUACCUGGGAACCAGAGGUUCAUCUGGAAGACUGUAAAGAAGUGCUGCUUGAAUUCAGAAAAAAAAUAGUGGAUAAUAAGCCUAAGCCUGUUAAGAAGGACAUACAGAAGCUGUCUUUAAAUGAUGACUUAUUUGAGGCAGAAUCUGACAGUGACUUGCAAAGUGAAGCAAAAGAAGACACAUCACCAAAGAAGAAGAAGAAAAAAUCAAAAGAUGGUGAGGAUAGAAGCCCAGAUGAUUUGAAAAAGAAAAAAUCAAAGUCUGCAAAAUUCAAAGAGAAACCCAGGCUGGAACGUGAAAACUCCUCAGAUAGUUUGAUUUUAGAUUCAAAACCAAAGAAAAGAACAUCAGAAACCAAGGAAGAUUCAAAAGAUCCUAAGAAGCAGAAGAAAGAAGAUUCUAAAGAAAUCAAGAAAAAGAAGGGAGAAAUUAAAGAUUUAAAGACAAAAUGUAAAGAGGAUUCUAAAGAAAGUAAAAAAUUGCGAAAAGAAAAACAUGGUGACCUUCAGUUUGACUCUGAGUCAAGCACCCUAGAUGAUUCGUUUUCUCAAGUAGCUGACAAUGAAAAUUCAGACUUGUGUUCUGAGGGUAGAGAGGAGAAACACAAGAUAAAAAGUGGAAAAGAGAAAUCUGAACAGGAAAUUGUUAUGAAGGAUUCCAUUGCUGACAGGCAGCCAGAUGGGUCAGCAAGUACUGAAGAGGACAGCAUUGAGCUGAAAGUUAAAAGAAAAAAGAAGAAACUUAAAAAGGCUGAAGAUUACAGAGAGGAAAGUAAAAAAGUGGAAACAAAGGACAACUAUUUGGAGAAGAAAAAUAUGCACAAAAAACAAAAAGCUCAAGAAAAGGCAAAACCUUCUGCAGAGUUAGACAAAGUUUCACCUUCACCUGCUCCAGUGCAAAAAAGUUUGAAAUUGUGCACUGAUGAAAAAGGGCGCAAGUCGACUGAUUCAGUUGGGGAGUACCAGGAAAAGGAAGUAAAGAAAAAUGAAAUAAAAGAAAAACCUCAGAAACGGUAUGACUCCGAAAAGGAAGAAAAAGGCAGAAAAGAACAGAAGGGAUUAAAAAGUUUGAAGGAGAACAAAAGUGCUUUUGAUUUGUUUAAUAUAUCUUCAGAAGAAAAAAAUGAAUACUCUGAGAAUAAUCGAAAAAGAGAGGACUCUUCAGUGGACUAUAAAUUCAUAGAAGAAUUCAAAUCAAAAGAAAAUAAACAAUUAUACAAGGAAAGGAGGAGCAUAAGAGAUGAGACAGAUACCUGGACGUACAUUGCUGCAGAAGGUGAUCGGGAAGUGGACAAUGUAUGUCAAAUGGAGGAGAAUUCUGAUGGCAGGCAGCAAGUCUUGAGUUUGGGCAUGGACAUGCAAUUAGAAUGGCUGACCCUGGAAGACUUUCAGAAGCAUUUGGAUGGAGAAGAUGAGACUCAUUCUUCAACAGAACUAAUAUCAAGUACUCUGCUGAGGGAUGCUGUUAAAAAUGGAGACUAUGUUACAGUAAAGAUGGCGCUUAAUUCAAAUGAAGAAUAUAAUCUGGAUCAAGAGGAUUCAAGUGGAAUGACACUAGUGAUGCUUGCUGCUGCAGGAGGACAUGAUGACCUCCUUCGGCUCCUUAUCAGAAAAGGAGCUAAAGUCAACUGUAGACAGAAAAAUGGAACAACUGCAUUGAUACACGCAGCUGAAAAGAACUUUCUAACUACAGUGGCCAUUCUUUUGGAAGCUGGGGCUUAUCUUAAUGUCCAGCAGAGCAAUGGUGAAACUGCUUUAAUGAAGGCUUGUAAGAGAGGAAACUCUGACAUUGUACGACUUAUGAUUGAAAGUGGAGCAGAUUGUAACAUUUUGUCAAAGCAUCAGAACAGUGCACUUCAUUUUGCUAAACAGUGUAAUAAUGUACUGGUGUAUGAUCUGCUCAAGAGUCACUUGGAAACGCUUUCAAGAGUAGCUGAAGAUGCAAUUAGGGAUUACUUUGAAGCUCGUCUUGCCUUGUUGGAGCCUGUCUUUCCGAUUGCAUGUCACCGUCUCUGUGAAGGACCAGAUUUUUCUAUGGAUUUCAACUAUAAACCCCCACAGAAUGUGCCAGAAGGAUCUGGAAUUCUUCUGUUUGUUUUCCAUUCAAACUUCUUUGGUAAAGAAGUCAUUGCUCGGCUCUGUGGACCAUGCAGUGUGCAAGCAGUGGUUUUAAAUGAUAAAUUCCAGCUUCCUGUAUUUUUGGAUAGUCAUUUUAUUUAUUCCUUCAGUCCUGUUACAGGCCUUAACAAGCUCUUUAUACGGUUGACAGAAGCGCCCACUGCCAAGGUAAAGUUGCUAAUGGGGGCAUACAGAGUGCAGCUGCAGUGACCUCCAUGAAGUUGCAAGGAUAAUGAUUUCACUGAACUCUUUGGACAUACUUGUGGUUCCUCCUUCCAUUUAAAGACUGAUAAAGCGGCUUGGAACUUUUGGCACAUCCACUAUUCUCAGAUCGUGUUCCCAAACACAUUUAAUCAGGCAAUCUAUAUUUGAAAGUACCUGUUGGAUAGCAGAUCAAUGUUCUACUCUAAUUGGUGGGACAGGUGUCAAUUUUAUUUUGUACAGGUGUAGAUGUAAGUAUUUGUGCCAAUACCUGUAAUUCCAUUUUUCUUUAAUAUGUAGAGUGAGCCCAGACUGCAUAUUUCAGCUUUUCCACAAUGUGGAAUGGUGCAUAUAAGAGCUAGUUAAGAAAAUUAGAAGAAAGGUCUUUUUUUUUUUUAAGUAAUUAUGAAGAUCUUCGCUUGUAAACAAAAAUUUUCUACUUGUCCUAAUUGUAAUGUUUCUAUGUAAAAUGCAGAGCUGUCAUAUUCUUGGAGCAGUGGGCAGAAUUAACUUCACAGUUGCCGCAUUACAGACUUAAACUUGAGUUGCUAAGGGCUGCAUUCUUAAUGGUGGAUAAAGGAGAUCUGUCAUCAGUGGGACUUCAUGUCAAGAAUAAGCUAGCAGUUACACUUAAAUGAUGGUUCCUUCAAGUAAUGCCUACGUUUUGUUUUGAAAGUAUAGUUUAUAUUGAAGUUUAAAAUCUACUUUUAUAUUUGAGAAACAAUUGAUAGUUUUACAGAUAAUCUGAAUCUUUCAGGUCUUCAUGUGUAGACAUGGAGGAAAAUAAAUACAUACCUACCAAUAAACUAGAAAACUUGUAAUUACUUUCAGUAGCCAGAUGAUACUUUUGUAGACAAAAGGAUGCUCGUCGGGUUCAGAUCAUCUAAAACAUUUGAAGUGGGAUUUCAUAUAUUACCCUCUAAUCCAGACAUUAGUUCCUCAAUGCAAAGAGCUGCUAUCUUUUAUUUAAAUGACCUGUUUUAUCAGAUGACAGCAUUUCUGGAAUGGUUUUGUGCUGUUAAAUACAAAUGUAAAACUUCUGCAUGAAGUAUAGGACAAUAUUUUUGUUUGUAAAUUAAACGUCACUUUGAAAGGUAAAAAUCCAGAUUGUGCCUUUGCUGUUCUGGUUGCUGUGUGUAAUUUACAUGCCGCUAUGUGCCUAUAUUGUUAUCAAAACUAUUUGUGGAAGAAAUGCUUAUUGUAUUAGUGUGCUCACCAUUAAAAUAGUGCAACUGUA